AUGCCGGUCGUGCACGCGGAGCAAAUUCGGAUAGAUAGCGAGCAGCCAGAACACCUUACGCCAAGCCGGUAUGCGUUUCUGGCAUCGUUAUGCGCCGCAACCCACAUUCAAUUAAAAUUGGACGGCGAUCAUCCCAUUCCUGGUCCGGCGAAACUUCAAAGCUUUGGAGGUGGUCAUUCGGCGCUGUCGGGGGAGGACCUUCUGAGAGAAGCCGAGCGGGCUCGGCGCGAGUGCGAUGCAGUGGACAACAUCACGAUCGAAAGUCUCUUAACAUCCUUCUUCCUUUUCGCAUCAUAUGGGAAUCUGGACCAACAGAACAGGGCGUGGUUUUAUCUCUGCCAAGCUCUCUCCAUGGCCUUUACUCUGGGACUGCAUCGAGAGGCCACUUAUGCGGAGCUGACACCAGAAGAAGCUGAAGAUAGGCGCCGAGUCUUCUGGCUUCUCUUCAUCACCGAGAGAGGCUACGCACUCCAGCAGUCUAAACCAGUCAUGCUUCGCAGUUCAAUUUACAAGCCACAAGUCCUCUGUUCGGAGGACCCAAUUCUAGCCUAUGGGUUUAUCAACUUAAUUGGUGUCUUCGAAAUGCUCACUCCCAGUUUAUAUGACUGGCUCUCGGCUGGAGGGAGCGAUGGCCUUCUGGAGCGACCGCCGACGGCCAAGAUCCAAUCGAGCUUAGCCCACGCAAUUUCCCUGGAAGGUGUCGUUGAAAUCCAGCAAGUGGAUAUAUUGAUUACCCAGCAAUGGCUCCAAGCCAUGAUGUGGAAAUUCUCCAUCAAUCAUUCCACCCAGCCGGGCUCCAGCCACGACGAGCUGCUUCCAUUCCACCUUCCGGUGCUGGUCGGGAAGGCCGUCAUGACCGUAAUAGGUGCUGCGUCGCAGGGAGCAGUGGAUGCGCACGGAAUCGGGAUGGAACAAAAGCUCUUUGACCUAGGCUCUUCAGUAGCAGAUGUCACGCGCUCCCUGGGCACAAAGGCUAUUGAUAGACUUGCGAACUCGACGAUCGACCCGCGACAGUUGCUAUGGGGUAUCCUAAGCACCCUCUCACAAAUACGCGGCUCUUCCUCCUACUUGUUCCCACACUUGUUCGAACGCUGCAAAACGAUACUCAAUCUGGAUGGCACGAUCAACAUGGGAAACUUCCUUCCAACUCUUGGGGUCGCAACAGCCCACCCGCCAAGCCACUGGCGCAAUUUGUCCGAUGUUGAGAAGAUUGAUGAAAGCCUGGAAGCUCUUCUGCAAGCUGCUCCAGAUGGGGAAGAAUCAAGGCCGACCAUGGGCUGA